AUGCCUGAGAACUCGCACAAGCCAGCGGUGUUCCACGAUAUAAUUGUCACCAAAAAUGAUAUACUCAACUGCUCGUAUGAGAGCUGGUACUCGCUUUUUGGAGCGCACGCCUACUCGCGAGCUGUGAUAUUGCCUGCACCCCAGGAGUUCAUAGACUAUCUGGAGAGUGAUGAUUUCACGAUCCCGGGUGAAAAGUCAAAUCCAAAUCCACCGAAUGAUUCUGAUUGGGACUAUACGCCUCCAAGUCGGCCUGAUCCAGCUUCCCGUUUUUUGGAAUUCCACAGUAAGAUCCAGGAAACGUUCAAGUCAUUCAAAUACAUUGCCCCAAAACUCAAUUGGUCAGCCCCUCAGGAUUCCGUAUGGAUGCUCCCUGGCCGAACGAUGAAAUGUUCCUCACCCUCAGAUAUUUACCUACUGCUCAAAUCCUCCGAUUACAUCAAUCACGACCUGAGCCACGCAUUUGAUGAAGCUGAUUCUGUGCCCGACAAACUACAGUAUAAUCUGAUUCUACGAGAGUGGAAAGAGAUCAAUCCUUCGCUGGAGUUCAGAUGCUUUGUGCGCGAUCGACAAUUGUUGGGAAUCUCCCAGCGAGACCUGAACUAUUAUCCUUUCUUGGAGGAACUUCACGAUACCAUAAUUGAGAGAAUAGCAACCUUCUUUGACGAUGUUCUCCUCCCCAAGUUUGGAUCCAACAGCUUUGCCUUUGACGUUUAUCUCCCAAAGCCAUUCACAAAAGUGUAUUUAAUUGACAUCAAUCCAUUCGCGAGAAAAACGGAUUCAUUGUUGUUCACCUGGAACGAACUGGCGACAAUGGCUCCUCAUGACGAUGACGUUGUUGUUCGUCUUGUGACACAACAUAAUUCAGGAAGGUUUGCUACCAAAGCUCAUUCACAAAACCAUGUGCCCAGGGACGUGCUUGAUGCUUCGAUGGAUUCGUCAAAAAUGGUGGAAAUGCUUCAAAACUGGUCUGCUAUGCUAUCAAAGGAGAAUGACGAAACAGAGGAAGGCGAGUAA